AUGAAUGAAUUUGGUUUUCUCGUGAUGGGUUCGGAAGAUUCCGAUGUUCACGACGACGGCGAUGGCGGAGGCAAAGCCUCGUUGGAGUUGUGCUCCAUUUGCCUGGAGGCUGUGACGGAUAAUGGGGAGAGAUCCUGGGCGAAGCUUCAAUGCGGGCAUCAAUUUCAUCUGGAUUGCAUUGGUUCCGCAUUCAAUAUAAAAGGAGCAAUGCAAUGCCCCAACUGUAGGAAGAUUGAAAAAGGUCAAUGGCUUUAUGCGAGUGGGUCCCGACCCUUUUCUGAAUUUAGCAUGGAUGAUUGGACCCAUGAGGAGGAUCUGUAUGAUAUAAGCUAUUCUGAGAUGGCUUUUGGAGUUCACUGGUGUCCAUUCACUGGAUUAAUGCAGCUUCCUUCAGCUUUUGCCGAGGGGGAAUUUUCAUCAAAUGCAUAUCAUGAUAUUCUCGAACAACAUGCUAUCUUUACUGAGCAAACAGCUGUAUCCUCUGCUAGUCAUCCUUGUCCAUAUAUUCCAUAUUUUGGACCGAUUCACCCCUCUUCAUCAAAUUCUGGUGGGAGUGUUUCAGACGGUACUAGCUUCAAUAAUUACUGGAAUGGGCCAUCAGUUCCAAGGGAGAUACCCGAUUCAUAUACUUUCCCUGCUAUGGAUGUCCACUAUCCUAGUUGGGAUCAUCAUUCUUCUCUCUUCUCCACAUCCACAUCCACGUCAACAUCAACCAGCCGUGCUGUUGGUGCCGAUCAGCUUUCAGUUGUAUCUGUGACUCAGAGGGCUGCUAGGCCAAAUUUGGAUAUACCGAGCCCAGGAUCUUUUAUGCAUCCAUUCGUAGUGGGCCACAGUUCUGCUGCUAGAGCUGGGAGCUCAAUGGUAUCUUCAGUGGUUCCUCCUUACCCCGGGAGCGUUGCUCGGGCCCGUGACCGAGUCCAGGCUCUGCAGGCAUACUUUCAGCAACCCAGCAAUGCACCACGCUUGCAACCAUCCAUCAUUUCAGGUACACGGAGAUCUAGCAGUCAUAGGGGUAUGGCUCAUGUUGGUCCAGUUGCCCCAUUGUCUGACCAGAGUGGCGGCUUCCACUUCUUCCCAUCAGCUGCUUCUGGUCGAAAUUUCCAAGAAACAGAAAAUCCGGUUCCAAAUCGCUUCCAUGCAUCAUGGCAAAGAGAACAUUUGACCUCGUUAUCAAUGGGCCAAGGCGAGGCAGAUCUUGGUUGGGGGCCAUUUCUUCAGGCUACUGGUGGUGGUGGGUCAAGCAUUCGCCUGAGGCAGGGAUCUGAAAGGAUGCCAUGACAAUUGAUCAGAGACUCGUUAUUCUGGUUUGGUGAGAGAAAACGCCCAACGUUGCGAAUGAAUGAAACCAACAUCAAAGAAUUAUGUACAAUUUGAGGAAGAAAAAAACACACAAUGUUAAAAGGCUGUGCGUCCGCCCUCCUAGACAGACUCCUAUUCAAUGAUGCCCUUCCUGUUUAAAGCUGCUUCCUGAUGAUGGGUGGAGUUGAUGAUCAUGUUCGUCAUCAUUCUUAAUGACGAUUUAAAAUAAGCUGUGGAAUUAAAGUUUAUGUUGGUUA